AUGCGGAAUAUUACCCGUAAGGAAAAAGAGGUAAAAAGGAGGUAAAAAGAGGAUGCGUUGAUACAUCUGUUAAGUUGAUGUUUGCCUAUUCAAUGGUUUUGACAGUGAAUACUCUUUCCUGCAAGACGUGGAUUUUCUCUUCCGAUUUAAGGCAUUAUUUUAUCAACUUUUUUGGAUUUUCUUGGUUCUAUAUCUACUAAUUACCUUUGGUUAUGCAGGCACAUUGCACCUGCAUGCGAGUAACAAUAGCACUUUCUGAUCCAAGAUCUUUGUUUGGAUCAUCUGUCGUUGCUUUCAGAGGAUAUAACAGCUUUUGGGAAACUGGACAUUGAAGCAUAUUGCUAUAACGCUAUGAAUAAUGCAUUUGGACUGCUGUACUAAUAUUGACCUAUACAACCAGCUUUAUGAUCAACAUCCUCUCAAACCAUUCAUUUCACAGAGGUACUGUUAGAUCAUUACCUUUAGCUGGAAUGAGAGCAAAAUGCUCAUGUCGAAAAAGACUAUCAGCGAAUUCUAACUUCGUACUAGAUGCAGUAAACGAAGAACUUUGGAAAAGGAUGCUACCUCAUGCUUAGGCUAUAGAUCUUGAAUUGGUUCAGGUUAAAAGGCAAUGGUACGACGUUUCUAGUUGAUUGAUUCAUCUACCGUGACGUUUUGCUCAAUCGGAAAACUUCAGUAUCGUUUAUCAAGAGAUUAAAAGUUUACAAGUGCCACAAUGAUCCGGCUCGGUGGACAAGUCUACCAAAACGCUAGUAAUGUAAUAAGCAGUUCUGGGAUUCGAUCAAACGGCACCACAUUGCUUGAAAGCUGUGACUUAGGUCACUUCACAAAGUACUUGGGUUUGUUUCUGGUAUUUCUCUUCAUCACACUUGGCACAGUGGGAAAUACUGUAGUUGCUGUUAUACUUACAUGUACCAGACGAAUUUUCCCGUCAUCAACGACUUUGUUUAUAAUAAAUCUAACGAUAAGCGAUUUUCUAACUUGUGCAACAGUGAUGCCAUUUGACAUCGUAUAUUGGCUCCACUUUCCAGUGUGGACACUACAGCCUGCCGUUUGUAAGUUAUGGAAUGCUUUAUUCUACACGCUGCACGCAUCUUCAUCAAUGUUUAUUGUGGCUAUCGGCAUUGACACUUACCUGACUGUUUCAGCACCAUUUCAUAGUCAAACUAUAAGGACGAGCAGAAAAACAUUCACAGUCAUUGUUGUGAUAUGGGUGUGGAGUUUGAUGGUUGGGGUCUUAAUAUUUGUCUUUCAAAAAAAGCCUCCUCAAGGAGCUUACCUGUUCGAGAUAAACCACAUAGGGUAUGGCAUUUACUUGGCGAUACAUAUGAUUCUGCCCCAAAUUCUAGCUUCUUGCUGCUAUUUCAAACUAUUUCGAAUUGCAAGACUGCAUGCAAUUAGCAUCAAAAGCAUGCAAGUUUCAGUGACAUCAGAAAACACUCCUAGCAAGGCCCAACCUUCUGAUAAGUUGAAUUUCAGAGAAGAAAUCACACUGGCUAAGACAUUUCUCCUUAUCACGAUUGCUUACUUUUUAUGCUGGAACCCAUUUCUAGCCGUUCAGAUCCUGUUUAUAUUUGAAGUUGAUAGAAAAGUAGACUGGUGCACCUUGGAGACAGUAGAUACCGUACUUUGCUGGUUCGCUUAUCUUCAAUGCUGCUUGAAUCCUGUGUUUUACGGGAUAAGAAAAAAGUACUUUCGUAAGUUAUUCGAGAAGGUAGUAAGAGAUUUGAAAGAUUAAGUUGGGAAACAACUACUGCAUUUGAAUCUUUAGUAGAGCAAAGGAUCCAACAAGUUAUCAGCCACUCUUUUUGACCAAAAAAGAGAAAAGCUACCUUAACAGCAAACAAAUUUUGUCGUUAGUUUUUGUCAUAAGAGACACAGAGACAUGUCAUAAGAAUAAAACCAUACAGUUUGCUUAAUAUUCAGUUCCGUAAUUCUCGGCUCUGUGCAGACUUUUGGGCUUGAGACUUUUAGAAUUGGGCUUAUCCUGGCUGUCUUCGUUACCAUUAAAAUAUGAAAAUUUCAGGCUCACAAAACGUGAAUUUUAUGAUUGUGUUUAUUUGAGGUAUGCAUGGGACUUAAAGAAUCUUCCUUCAGAAUGUGUUUGUAAGGCAAAGUUUAAUGUUGAUCAUGCUCUUUCAUGCAAGAUUGGGGGCUUUGUCACCCUCCGACAUAAUGAAAUGAGGGAUCUCACUGUUGAUUUGUUGUCAACUGUAUGCAAGGACGUGUGCAAGGAACCUUGUUUACAACAAUCCGAGAAUGGGGUAGAAUUGCGUGCUGAUGCAAGUGCAAGAGAUUUUUGGCAACGUAUGCAAAGAGCAUUUGUUGAUGUGAGGGUAUUUUCCUUUUCGCUCCUAGCUAUCGCUGUAAAACCUUAGCUGCAACCUUCAGAUCUAUGGAGCUGGCGAAAAAAAGAAAAUACAACCAGAUUGUUAUGAAUCAAGAAAACGGAACUUUUACCCAGGCACCGCGCAGCCAUUGGGCUAGCAGGGGCUAUAGCCCACCUACUUUUUUGCCAUAAUAGGCUAGAAAAUUUUUUGAAGGUUUCUUCUAACGCAACUUUGGAUAGUUUACUUCUAUGCAGUAGCAGUUUUCAUUGACUGAGACCACUUUUGUUCUUUUUCUAGGUGUUUCAUCUUGUUUAAUGAUAUGAUGUAUUUUCUAACUUGGUUAGCUUCGUGUUUCACUACCCUGAAGCUAACUUCAUCUAUUUUAUUGAAAUCUUCUCAGAACCAGACUGUUCAUAAAAAAUAAGAAGAAAAAAGCAAGUAUUUCCUAAAAAGGGCGUUUUCCAGCGUUCUAGAUGGCGUGGCCUCAAAACUUUUUCGGGCACACCCAUUUCAGCCCUUCCACUUUAGACUGGCACGUGGUCCCUGGCCUUCCAAGUUUGGCCCACGUCCCAGAGAAUAAAAAUCAAACGUCGCAAAGAUGGGAGCAGUUCAAAAGAAUAGCCUGUUCACUAUUUAUUACAUGAUUUACUCAAUCAAGACAUGUUCCAGGCUUUUGCUAAUCUUUCCAAAAGGUUAGUGAAACCUCUGAUUGGAUCAAAGAGAAAGCUGAGUUUUUGCUUACUUAGAGCUGCAGUAAUUUGUAUAAGAGGUUCUAGGUCCCGACAACAUGUUGUCCCUAUUGGUGGAAUGGGUGACAUUGACACUAGAAACAAUUUAUCUAGCAUCACUAAUUAAAAACAUUAUGUUCGUACUUAAUUGUAUGUUAAUUCAAUUUAAAUUACAAAUUAAGAAAGAAUGUUAAAGCGCUGCUGCUUAGAUAAAUAGUCCCAAUGAAGCAUAUGCAUUUGCUUAGACAUUAAUCACUGCUAAAAGGACUAUUACACGCUUAUCUUCUAUAUUUUAUUUACUACAAAAGAACAUACGAAAAUGGAGGCCAAAGACGGCCGACUCUUUAAUAUAAUAUGCGCCUAAAUGCUGAAUUCAAAGUCAAUAUUGAUAUUAUAUAUUAUGGAAUUGACCUUUAAUUUAAAAUACGCAUGUCCAUUAAUGGUUUGAAAACAGUCGAUUUGAAAACAAAUAUAGCAGCGAGGUUAUUUUGCUUUGCGAGAAUUCUUAUAUUUGUAUUGAUUUCUCAAGUAGUUAUUACCAAUUAGUAAGUUAGUUAUUAAUAAAGCUCUCAUGACGUUUAGUUAGAAAUUGCACAUGCUUAUUCCCAUCAAGUCACCGUAAUUUGUCGAUGUUCAUAACUUUAUCAAUCAAGCCAAAAUAACAGUAAUUCGACAGCAAGCUUAAAGAUUUUCAGAAAAUUGACUCUUUUUAGAUCUCUGAGGGGUUUCAACGUUUGAACUUGGAAAUCUUCUUCUUGUGGCAAUGCCAGUACUCCAAAGUUGAAUUACCUCUUCAUUUAAAUCGGGCGGGUAAAAUAUAUGCAUCAACCGUAGUUAGCAGUUAAGAAAUUAUCUGAUUAUAAUCAAGUGUUUUUAUAAAAACGAGCAAAAAGAGGACAUCAGUUUCGCAGAAUACUUCUGUAUUGCUAUGAAGCUUCAGUUGAUGUAAUGUGUCGGGUUCCCACCAAAUAUCGUGUUGAAUUUCCCGCUAUAAUAUCAAUAGACAUGUAAAAGGCAUUCUUAAAGGAACCAGAUUCGCUCUUAUCUUGCUGAUGAAUUCAUAAAAGAACAUUAUUGGUUGAAAAUUCGGCCCGAUCCGCCAAUGAUUCAGCAACUAUAUUUCGUUACUUCUCUUCACAACGUCUAUUUUCAUACCCUUGACCUGUGUACUGGCAGUUUGUCUCACGAUUUCAAGCAAAAAUCUACAUAUUUGAGGUACAGCUUUUUGACCAUUAUGUGCAGUUUUUCUGCACAAAAUCGACAUAUUUGCAAAACAAUACAAAUUUUUCCUGGAAGGGUGCAUCUGGUAUUGGAUAAUCUGUUAAAAAGUAAAACCUUAGUUUGUUAAUCUGUGUUGUAUGGGACCCUGAAAUUUUCUAAAGUAUGUUCAAAUGCAAUCACUCUACAGUUCGGCAGACAAAUUAUGAACUCGAAGCCGUCCUUCUACUUUUGACGCUUCUACUCAAGAUUUACACAAUUAACGCAAGCAGAAUAAUAGGGCUCACAUUUACAUAGCAUUUUAGAAUUAUCUUUAGAAGAC